UACACAAAUCGAGCGCACCCAGCCAUGCUUUGGAGGCGGAAACCGGCGGGCUUUAGGACCUGGCGGGAGGCGCGGUACAAUAGAGCUGUUGUGCCGUGGUGGUGGUGGACAGAUUGCAACCCAGGAGAGACUCUCACUGUGGUGGGCUGCAAAAAAAAACCCAAAUUUACUGCACGUCUGGAGGCAGAGCUGCUGUUUUAAUUAGUGUUUAAUAAGGCUUUGUGUGGAGCGACACGUGGCGGGGACUAAUCUGACGACAGAGCGAGGACUGGAGGCAUAAAAUAAAGUGGCUAAAGGUUUAUCAGAGGAAUCUACUAGCAUGCUCUUCAACUUGAAAUUUAUGGAUUUUACAGGAUGAAACGUCUCAGGUCCUCAAGCAGCAGCGACAGUUCUGACAAUGAGAGUCCCUCCACCUCCUUCUGCUCCUCCAACAAGUAUGGCAGCAAACCUGGAACCCCCGCCUCCAACCAGAAGAAACCGGCUGAAGUGUUCAGAAAAGACCUGAUCAGUGCCAUGAAGCUGCCCGACUCCCACCACGUGUCCCCAGAGGACUACUACCUGCUGGCAGACACCUGGAAGAUGGAGUGGGAGAAGGGGGUCCAGGUGCUGGCGAGUCCAGACACCAUCCCAGAGCCGUCUGUCAGAGUUAUUGUGGAGAAGCCCAAGGAGGUGCUUUACACCCACCAGAGGAAGUACGUCCAGUGCUCGAGCCAGGAGUCGACAGAACCGGGUUAUGUCAACAUAAAGGAGCUGGCAGAGGCCAUGUGUCGCUACGAUCUGGACGACGUGGACCUUUACUGGCUGCACACACUCAACAAGGAGCUCGACCGCAUGGGGGAGCAGCCCAUAGACGAGCUGACGAUGGAGCGCGCCAUGGAGGCUCUGGAGAGGCAGUGCCAUGACAACAUGAAGCACGCCAUCGAGACGGUGGAAGGCCUGGGGAUCGAAUACGACGAGGACGUGAUCUGCGAUGUGUGCCGCUCCCCCGACAGCGAAGAGGGGAACGACAUGGUGUUCUGUGACAAGUGCAACAUCUGUGUGCACCAGGCCUGUUACGGCAUCGUCAAAGUGCCUGUUGGAAACUGGCUGUGCAGGACGUGUGUCCUCGGUAUCGACCCGCAGUGCCUUCUCUGUCCUCAGAAAGGCGGUGCCAUGAAGGCUACGCGUGCAGGGACCAAGUGGGCGCAUGUAAGCUGUGCCCUGUGGAUACCAGAGGUGAGCAUCGCCUGUCCCGAGAGGAUGGAGCCCAUCACUAAAGUCUCCCACAUCCCGCCCAGCCGCUGGUCUCUCAUCUGCAGUCUGUGUAAACUGAAGACAGGCGCCUGUAUCCAGUGCUCGGUGAAGAACUGCACCACUCCUUUCCACGUGACGUGUGCCUUCGAGCACAGCCUCGAGAUGAAGACCAUCCUGGACGAAGGCGAUGAAGUCAAGUUCAAGUCUUACUGCCUGAAGCACAGCAAGUCUAAAACCGGCGAGGCUGGCUUGAGCCCAGCUCGAUCCAAAGCCCCCGCCGAGGCGGAGAAGGUUGGCCAGCGGGCGCAGAGAUUGCAGGAGCUGGAGGAGGACUUCUACACCCUAAUCCAGCUGAAGGAGCUGGCCCAGCUCCUCGGGCUCUCCGAGCGCCUGGCCGACUUCAUCUAUCAGUACUGGAAGCUGAAGAGGAAAGCGAACUUUAACAAAGCUCUGCUGCCACCUAAAGAGGAGGAGGAGAACCUGGUGCUGCAGCCUCAGGAGGACAGCAUCCACACACGCAUGCGGAUGUUCAUGCACCUGCGGCAGGAUCUGGAGAGGGUAAGGAAUCUGUGUUACAUGGUGAGUCGGAGGGAGAAGCUGAAGCUGCUGCAGAGUAAAGCCCAGGAGCAGAUGUUCAACCUGCACGUGAAGCUCGUGAACCAGGAGGUCUCUGCUGGUCUUCCUUCUUCGUACCCGGUGGACAGCGUGCUGUUCCGUCCUCCUCCGAGGAUAACCCUGAAGCUCAAAAUGCCCAAAUCAUCGACUCUUGGAAAUGGAAAUUCCAGUUCCAAAUCCGGCAAUGGGCCGCUCUGUCCGGACAAUAGCGGUAAUGUUACUGAGCAUGCAGGUGAAGGGCUGGGUCAGGGGAAGCCUCAGCUGCACGGACGAGGUCGGAGAGAGGAGCGCUCCAACGGGCGACUGUCUUCCUCGAGCAGCUCGGCGCUGCCUGUUAAACCCUCCGGCAAACCUUUAGCCCUGCACGCGGCGCUCCACGGCCACUCCUCCAACGGUAACGGCAAACUGGACCAAGACCGAGCUAAAUCCAACGGGCUCUUCGAGAAGUUUGUGGCUCAGAAGGACAGUUCUUGCCAGACGCCCAGUGACCAGGACGCUUCGAAUCAGGCUUUGGACAAGAGCAGGUUUCGCAAGUCAGCCAUGGAGCACUUUGGCAGGUCCUUCAAAGAGGCGACUAUUAAUUUAGUACGGACCACAGAGGACCUGCGGGCCUCUGACAAACUGUCCCGAAAGGGCUCAACCAAGGAGAGACUCUGGGCUAAACCGGUGUCUGAACACAAGGUGAAGAGCGCGAGAUCGUACCAGGACAGCGACGGAUACUGUCCCGACCUGGAGCUCAGUGACUCAGAGCCCGAGGCCAAAGGGAGGCACAGGCAGCAGGUCGGGCUGCCUCAGCCAGACGCUCCAAGGAAAGGGGUCAGUCGUGGGAAACAGUCGCUGGGCUCCAGACACUCCAUGCAAAGGUGACAGCUGUUUGUUGACUCUGCUCACUGCCGCCGUUCUUUCCUGACCUUCUUCCCAAGUGCCAGGCCAUCUCUGUGAACACAUCAACAUCAGGGACCAGACCCCGAGACCCCCCAACCCAGCACUCACAGUGCUGCGUAUAUUAAGCAGAAGAUGCAUGAAGGGUCGUCAAAACAUUGUGUUAGUGAGAGGAACAAACCUGUCAGUCUUCUGAGACCAUCGUGCUUGCCUUUCUGUGAGGCGAGCGUUACAUUUUGUACUCGACUUUGUAUUAAACGCUCCCCAAAACACACAGGUUCAAUUUGCCUUUGACUAAAACUGCUGCUGUACAUAACGUGUUCAAAUCGGGAUGUAAAUAAUUGAACUGAAUUUGACGCUUCAAAAUACUGAAUCAAAGUUGUAGCAGAAAUUAAAACCGGCAUGCCAGAUGGGAACUUUGUAGUGAAUUCUAGUAUCGAACGCACUCUUGUCUGUUAGUUUCCCCGCAGACCUUUUUAUAUUUGUCAAGUAGUGGAGUCGUUUUUAUGAACACGAAUGCCUUUUUUUGUGUGUAGGAAUGCAGUUUCACACUAUUACUACCUUCAGUCGUGUCCGGGUUCGAUUACAAGGUUGUGAAAAUUGGAAAAGGGAAAAAAAAAAAUGUGUGUAAGACAUUUAAAAAAAGAUGUCCUGCUGUAUCCUUCAGUAUCGUGGGUGCAUAAAAAGCAAAGCCUGAGUACAGAUAUGUAAUUGUUUGCCUUUUUGUUAUCGGUUACAGAUCAUCACACGACGAUCAGCAAAACGUUUAACUGAAAACUUCACAUAUUUGCAGUUUUUUCUGUUACCUGUGUCACUUUUUUUUGAUAAUAAAUGACCUGGUGUAACUAG